ACCGGGUUGAGCGGACGACUGCAACAAUAGACUACGGGCGGUCCGGGCUACCUGAGUAUGAAUAGCUUUCUUUCUUUCUUGUCAUAUACUUUUAGUUUACUAUAUCAAUAGUCUGAAGGUCAUUGUAACGUAUUAGACAAGAAUCUAUACUCAAUUUGUUUUUAGUUUGAGUUAGUUCCAUGUAAACCUCGAAGCUGUGAAGAAGUAUAAGUAAGUGAGAAGUUACGCGUGCAUUCUUGUGAUAUUCUUUUAAAAUCAAAGUGAAUAUUUGCUGAUUCUUCUAAUAUGGAUAGAAAAGGUUCGAGGAAAAGUCCUCAUCGUCCAGGCAAACCAAGAAAACGGAAGUUCAGCGGUAAUCAACAUACUUUGGAAGAAGAUUUAUCUUUUACUAGUGCAUCAGCUGCAAAGUUGAAGAGUUCAAAUGACGAUGAAAUUCUCAUUGACUAUAAUUUUGGUUAUUGUAUAUUGGAAUUCUGUUCUGUUUUUUCAUCUCUUGCACUGAUGAUAAUAUGUGCUACAUGUAAGCAAAAAAUUUCAUUUUCUCGGACAACUGCACGAGGACUAGGAUUUAAAAUUGGAGUACAAUGUGGCUGCAAAGAUACACGUUAUAUUCAGUCAUGCCCAUUUGUAAAUAAAGCAUUUGAAAUAAAUCGUCGAAUGGUUACUGGACUGCUAUGAGGCUCAUCGGAGUUAGGAGAGAAGGUAUCAAUAUAUUCUGUAGUAUUAUGGAUAUUAGACACGGUUUGGCUAUUGGUACAUACUAUAAUUGUCUUGAUAAUUUACAUUUGGCUGCGUCAACUAUUUAUAACUUGAUAAUUUCUAAAGCUGUGAAAGAAGAGAAUGAAUUAAUUACAGCCUCAGAUUCGAAUGCGGACCCUACACAUUUUACAGUUUCCGGCGAUGGAACGUGGAAAAAGAGAGGGUUCAAUUCACUUUUUGGAGUCACUACACUUGUAGGUAAAUACAGUAAGAAAGUUAUAGACACAGUCGUGAAGUCCAGUUUUUGCCAAAGGUGCAAUUAUUGGAAGAAUAAAAAAAAAGACGACAUCAGUCCUUAUGAAGACUGGUAUAACGAACACGAAGAUUCUUGCGCAAUAAAUCAUCAAGGAAGUGCUGGGAAGAUGGAAGUUGACGCAGUGGUGCAAAUGUUUAGUAGAUCCGAAGAAAAGCAUGGAGUAAAAUAUGUGAAGUAUAUCGGAGAUGGCGACUCAAAGACUUUUAAACGUAUUCUUAAUAUAGAUCCUUACAAAAGUAACCCUGUUGUUAUUAAAAAAGAAUGUGUUGGACACGUCCAAAAACGUAUGGGAUCGCGUCUCCGGAAGGCAAAAAAAGAAAAUAGUGGAAUUGGUGGUAAGGGUGCUGGUAAAUUGACUGAUAAAGUAAUCACUCAGUUGUCUGCGUACUACGGAUUAGCUAUCCGUCGUCAUCCUGAAUCCGUUGAAGAUAUGAAACGAGAAAUAUGGGCCACGUACUUGCAUAAAAUUUCAACUGAUAAGAAGCCUCAGCACAUGAAUUGCCCUCCUGGACCAGACAGCUGGUGCAAGUGGCAGAAAGCAGCGGCCGAAGGAACUGAGGAUGACUUUCACCAUGAAAAUCCACCUCUAACUGAUAAGGUUUUAAAAGUUAUGAAACCUAUUUACGAAUGCUUAUCAGAUGAUUCUUUAUUAGAACGUUGCUUGAGCAGCGAAACUCAAAAUAACAACGGGUCACUUAACUCUUUAAUAUGGACAUUUGCACCCGAACAUAUCCAUGCCGGGUCCCAGACAAUUGAGAUUGCUAAUUGUUUAGCAGUUUGCAUUUUCAAUGAAGGCUUUUAUCCUAUUUUAUAAAUAAUGAGUCUAAUGAGAAUAAAAAUAGGUCUGGAAUCCCAUGGGUUUGCUGUUAGGCGCAACGCAGUAAGGAUUGAACGGUCUGAGGUACGAGCUUCAGAUGCUCCAAAAGAGGAAUAGAAAGAACUGCUCGUUAUACAGAGAGAAAUACUGAAAACAGUCAAUAUGAAGUAGAGAAAGGCCCAAUGUAUGAAGCUGGGAUGGCUGAUUAAGAGAAUGUAAGUUAUCCGUACUAUUUUAUCAGUUACGCUGCCUGAAACUGAACGUUAAACUUUAAACGCGUUUUUCUCGAAACUACUUUUUUCGAUACGGUGAUGCAGAUAUCUUAGAUAGAUACAAAGGGAGAAAUCCUUUUCACAAGGACACGGC